GGCAGCCGCAACACCACCAUGCUUUCCAGUCCAGUUGAAACCACUAAACAUAUGGCAUAUUUCAAGCUGAGCACAUGACAAAGAAAGAUAUGACCACAGAGUCCAUGGAGCCGGUAGGAGUCCUCGUGGAAAGGGGUGCCAAUUCCACUGACCCCCCUCUGACCUCACAUGAGGACACAGCUGCCACCUUCACCAUCGGAACAAUCCUCUCCAUCAUGUGCUUCGUUGGAGUCUCAGGGAACAUCUACACCUUGGUGGUCAUGUGCCACUCCAUGAGGACUGCCGCCUCCAUGUACAUCUACAUCAUAAACUUAGCGUUGGCAGAUCUGCUCUAUCUUCUCACCAUACCGUUUGUGGUCUGCACUCACUUUCUUCAGGGGUGGUACUUUGGAGAUGCUGGGUGUCGAAUUCUGAUCAGCAUGGACUUCCUGACCAUGCAUGCUAGCAUCUUCACGCUGACAGUCAUGAGUACUGAGCGCUACUUUGCUGUGCUGAAACCGCUCGAUACAGUCAAGCGCUCUAAAAGUUACCGGAAGGCUAUCGCUCUGCUGGUGUGGGCGGCGUCUCUCAUCUUGACCCUGCCGAUGAUAGUGAGGAUCCAACUGAUGACGGUGGGAAACAAAGCCAUGUGCCAACCCACCUUGUCCCCACUCUCCUACAAAGUGUACAUCACCUUCCUGUUUUGCACAAGCAUCGUCGCUCCAGGACUGAUCAUCGGCUAUCUCUACAUCCAACUCGCUCGUACUUAUUGGGUUUCACAGACGGAGACAUUCAAGCAGACCAAGAAACUUCCCAAUCAAAAGGUGCUGUACCUGAUCUUCACCAUCGUCCUCCUCUUCUGGGCAUGCUUCCUGCCCUUCUGGAUCUGGCAGCUGCUGAGUCAGUUCCACCCCUCGAUGCCCCUGUCCUCCAAAGUCAAGCGAAACAUCAACUACCUGACCACAUGCCUGACGUAUUCCAACAGCUGCAUUAACCCUUUCCUGUACACGCUGCUCACCAAGAACUACAAGGAGUACCUGAGAAAGCACAACCGGUCCUGGACGGCUGGCAGCUACUUCAACAGGAGGAGUCGGUUUCAGCGUUCGCCGCGCAGGUCGCCGUCUUCCAGCAGUCAGCAGUGCACAGAGAGCUUCAUGCUUACGCACACGGCCUCCCUGCGAGCACAAAACAGCAGCUUGUAAGAUCUGACUGAGCAACACUGGAAGAGGAAGAAAGGACAGAACCUGUUGGAGACGGUCCAAAAAGUCCACAUCACCACCGCUGAAGGAGGAUGAAGAAGUUUUACAUUUUGUUUCUGCAGUUGGACACAAAAGUGUUGCAUGAGCAACAGCAAGAACUGAACGAGACUGUUUGCUGCUUUAAAGACUCUGUAAAAAACAAAAAGACAUUUCUAAGUCCUCUCCCUUUCUUUACUGUCUCUUCACCUCCUGAUGUAUUCUGUCACAUUGAGAUGUGAAGGUUUCUCCCACAGUGAUUGACAGGAGUGGUGUUCACGGUGACAGGUUGAGACUGCUGAUGCACAGGUUAGGAAAGGAUAACAUCAUUAAAGCAUCAGUGGUUUGAUUUAAAAACUAAAGGGGGGGGGGGAUGUGUCGUGAUGUUACUGAUGCUGGAAAAAAAAAAGAUGUCUGGUAUGUUAAUAUUUAAAUCUGAAAAAAUGCAUGAAAGGCUUCAGUUCUGGAGGACAUCCCAGGGUCAGACUGAGAGCAGCAGCAGCAUGUGGAAACACGGUCACUGUAUUGAUUUGAAUGGGACCACUACAUCUCUGAGCAGAAAUGAAACUGCGUGUGAUAGAGGAGGGGAAUGUGUCCAACUUCAUGUGAUGUCAUUCAGUCAGAUACUAAAGGUGUGUGGUUCCACGUAUGUAACGGCCAACUUUCACCAGAUCCGUGUCCGGUCUGUCUCUGAUCCGUCACGGCAUCUGACAUUUUGAAGAUAAAUUGUAUAAAGAUUCAUGUAUGAUUCAUAGUUAACUCUGAAAAUAAUUUAAAAAGCAUGAAGGAGUGUUGGGGACACCUUGUAAAGAAACAAAUGGAGAUUUCGAGAUUAAAGCAAUAAAU